CAUCGCUACUAACUGUAAGUAACAUUUUUUUAUAAUGCUAUUUUAUAUCCUCUUUAUCAUUCACGUAUCAACAGGCAGUGCAGAAAAAAAUAGCUGGGGGCUUCAGGUUUCCAUAAAAGUCAUGUAUUUGAUGAGUUAGGGAGCAUGUGCCUCUAGGAGGAAAGCACAGGCUUGAAGCAAAAGCAUAGGCCUCACAUACUGCUCUGAUAGAUGAUGAAUCAGACCACAAUUCUUGUAUUUAUAUGAUUCUAAAAUACUUUUUGUAUGUAUUUAGGUAUCAGUCAAUUUUUUAUACAGGUUCUACAGAGAUGAUGGGGAGGCAGAAGGUGUACCACCCACAGCAAAUUCGUGAAAUUAGCCUUCUUAAAGGACUUAGACACUCGUCGAUAGUGGAAUUGCUAGAUGUGAUGCAAACCACUGAUAAAUUGUAUUUAGUUUUUGAAUACUUAGAUCUUGAUCUCAAGAGGUACUUGGAUGGUACUAGAUCACCACUAGAAGCUGAACUUAUAAGGAGCUACAUGAAGCAAUUGAUAGAGGCGCUAGCGUACCUGCAUUCACACAGAAUUCUCCAUCGCGAUUUGAAACCUCAGAACCUUCUAGUCGAUAAAGAAGGCCACAUUAAACUUGCAGAUUUUGGACUGUCAAGGUCUUUUUCACUACCUACCCGUACUUAUACCCACGAAGUGGUAACAGUAUGGUAUAGGGCGCCAGAGCUAUUAUUGGGAGCUAGGAUGUAUUGUACUGGGAUCGAUAUAUGGAGUUUGGGUUGUGUCAUGGCCGAGAUGUUUACCAAAAGAGCAAUUUUCCCUGGGGAUUCGGAGAUAGACCAACUAUAUAAGAUUUUCAAAAUAUUGGUACACCUUCUGAAGGUGUGUGGGAGGGAAUUUCGCAUUUUCCGGAAUAUACCAAAGCUUUUCCUAAAUGGAACCUCAUAGAUAUGAAUGAGAUUAUCAAUUUUCAUUCGGAGGAAGAAGAGGCAUUUUUGAUGCAUAUGUUGGUGUACAAUCCAUCUAAAAGGAAGACGGCAAAAGAGCUGCUGAAGAUGAACUAUUUGAAAGGUGCUAAAUUAACGGCGCCUGAUAUGAAUGCCUUUCCGCCAGAACAAGAGGCAGACACAGAGUAGGAAGCAGAUUGUUUUUAAGAUUUUGUUUUAAAUUGAUUUAUUCUAAUUUUAUGUGUUAAGUGUUGAAGUGUAAUAUAAUUUUUACCAUCACUA